AUGUCACCAAAAUGUCCCUACGAAAACACAGUGAAUUUAACCAAUCAUCAGCGUUACGAAAACGGUUCAUAUCUGUAUGAAGGCCUAAUAAUACCACCCGAAAACAAUUUAAUAUGGGACAAGGAAUCAGUACCGUUACAUCUAAGAGGUUGUGUUUGCGAGGAGCGGCCCUGCCUGAAAUUGUGCUGUCAAAAGGAUGAGUAUUUUGAUUAUAACUGGAAUACGAGUAAAUGUAUGAAAAUUACUUCAGACAUGAAAGUGGCUUGGGAAUUGCCAUUACUACAGCAAAGUGGCAAAUCUGAAAUGACCAAUAUAUUCAAACAUUUUACCACACAAGUGGUUAAACUUUGCGAAAAACUGGAGUAUCUAGAUCCGAUGGUCGUUGAAUGGAUUUUAAUGGAGGAUGGAUCCCUAAUAGCGUAUGAUAUAAAUAUAGAAAGUUAUUGUUUUUCGCCAGUAUUGGACAGAAUUUCCGGUGAAUAUCUAUUAUUGCCAUACAAAUGUAUACCUAUUUUAGAUGAUAUAGGUCUGAUGUGGAAAUACACCUUAUUCGAAUACAGCCAAUAUGUAUUGCUAAUAUUUUUAAUAAUCACAGUACUGGUGCAUUUAGUCUUACACGAACUGAGAAGAAAUCAGGGUGAAAAAAUAUUUGUUUGUUAUCUUUUUUCGGCCACCAUAUGUCAUGUCAUAGUUAGUAUUUUAAAUUUUCAUUCGUAUUUUCAAUACAAUAGCUGCAUGUCUUUAGGUUUCAUCGGCUACUUCUUUUAUAUAGCUUCAUAUUCAUGGCUGAGUAUUUUAUGUUACGACAUUUGGAAACACUUUAAUGAAAGUUAUGUUGAGCUGAAUUCCAGUAAGACUCUUAAGGAGUUUAUAAUCUAUACCCGUUUUGCGUGGUUGAGUGCUGGAUUGGCAACUUUUGGUUUUGUUUUUGUAAAACUAUCACCGAGUGUAGAUAAUAUGUUUAAGCCGGGCUUUAGAAUCGGCCAAUGUUGGAUAAAUAGUAAGUUGUGGAAACUAAAUCUUAAAUAA